AUGGCCGAGGCCAGCUUCAAGCAGAUGAUUGCUACUCUUUUGCGCCAAACGAGACCACAGUCCUUUCGCCACUCGAAGCCUCCCCGCUACCCUCAGCGUCAGUUGUCUACCGCUACAAACCCCCAGCCGCAGCCGCCCGCAGCCGAAACUGCUCGAUGGCAGGCACAUCCGAUUCGGACUCAGAGUGCUCAGACGCCGCAGAAUGAGCGGCCGCGCCUCGAAAGCCUGCGAAAUGAGGCUGAACCGCGACCUUUCUCUUCCUUUUUGACCGACAACUACUCCCGACAGCAUAACUAUCUGCGCAUUUCAAUUACUGAACGAUGUAAUCUACGAUGCCUCUAUUGCAUGCCCGAGGAGGGUGUUCCGCUUUCUCCCUCGGCGCACCUGCUCACAACCCCCGAAAUUGUAUAUCUCUCGGAAUUGUUCGUCAACCAGGGCGUUGACAAGAUUCGGUUGACAGGGGGAGAACCUACGGUGCGGAAAGAUAUUGUGGAUCUUAUGCAUCAAAUUGGAAAAUUGAGGAGUAAUGGUCUCAAAGAACUGUGCAUAACAACAAAUGGCAUAUCCUUACAUCGAAAACUCGACUCCAUGGUAGAGUCCGGGCUGACCGGCGUCAAUUUGAGCUUGGAUACGCUCGAUCCUUACCAAUUCACCAUCAUGACGCGGAGAAACGGGCACGACGCAGUCAUGAAAUCUAUCAACCGUAUACUCGAGAUGAACAAACUGGGGGCAGGUAUCAAACUCAAAAUAAAUUGCGUGGUAAUGCGGGGUCUUAAUGAACGAGAGAUUCUACCCUUUGUGGAACUGGGCAGGGACCAAGAUCUCGAGGUGCGAUUUAUCGAGUAUAUGCCAUUUGACGGCAACAAAUGGUCGGAGAAAAAGAUGUUGAGCUUUAGGGAAAUGCUGGCCCUCAUCCGCCAGAGAUACCCUGAUGUUCAAAAGGUACGAGACCACAAAAACGACACGAGCAAGACAUAUAAAAUCCCGGGAUUCGCUGGUCGAAUUGGGUUCAUUACCUCCAUGACCCACAACUUCUGCGGCACUUGUAACCGCCUUCGAAUCACGUCCGAUGGAAACCUCAAGGUUUGCCUGUUUGGAAAUUCCGAAGUCUCUCUUCGUGAUAUACUGCGUGAGUCAAAUGACGGCAAACCUAUCGACGCUGAAGCCAUGGAAGCUAUUCGACAACUUGAGAUGGAUCGUCGACAGCAGCUUUCCGGGACUAAGGGACUAGCGAUAUCCGAAAAGGAAGCAAGGUUGCUCGAUGUCAUUGGCAUGGCGGUGAAACGCAAGAAGGAGAAGCAUGCUGGAAUUGGCGAGCUGGAGAAUAUGAAAAACAGACCAAUGAUUCUUAUCGGUGGGUAA